UGUUUGUAUAUAAUCUUUUCCGGGUUGAACCCUGCACCAUACAACUAAACAAAAACUCCCCGCGUUCCUUUUUGAUGUUUUAAUUUGAUGACUAAAAUUGAAUGAAUCGGAUUGAAAUAUGGCAAGUUUACCACCAGGGGAUCCGCAACUAGUGUCGAUGAUCGUCAAUCACCUGAAAACACAAGGUCUCUUCGACCAGUUCAGGAGAGAUUGCCUUGCAGAUGUCGACACCAAGCCAGCCUAUCUGAACCUGAAACAACGAGUGGACAACUUUGUCUCCAAUCACCUGUCCAAUCACACAUGGAGCCCUCAGUUGAACAAAAACCAGUUGCGAAACAACAUCAGACAGCUUGUCUUGCAAUCCGGUAUGCUGGAGCAAGGAGUGGACAGGAUCGUCGCCCAAGUGGUGGAUCCCAAAGUCAACCACAUCUUCAGGCCUCAGGUGGAGAAAGUGGUCCACCAGCUACUGUCGCCUGGCACCAGCAGCGAGGAACCGCCGCCACCUCCACCGCCACCCUCAACGGAAAACAAAGCAGACACAGUUGUUCCUCAGCAAGCCUCAUCGUCCACACCGACGUCCACCGCUGCCACAGAUGCCAUGUCCAUCCUCGACACCAUCACCUCUCUUAAUCAAGAGGCCAACAUCAAGGCCACUGAGAAGGAGCGUAAAACCUUAGACGAGUCAGCUGAUGAUGGUGAGCAAGACAUGAGUCUAGAUGAGGAAGAAGACAGGAAGACCGAAGAGGAAGAGGGGAACGAAGCAAAACCGGGAAUUGAGGUGAAAGAAAUAGAGGUGAAUCUGGAUGACCCCCCAGACGGAUUAGACGUUGGGAAGGAAAUAUCCACGGAGGAGGUAAAGAUGGAGGAGGAAGAGCCGCGAGCCGAAGAACAGACUGAGGAAAAACCUAAAGUUGGUUCUAAAAUAAGUGGGAAACAUUCAGAAGAGAAGCAGGAAGAAGAUAGCUGCCAGGCCAAGCAGAAAGCCAAAGAGAGAAUUAAAGAAGAGUACUCUUUGGAGGACUCCGACUUAGACGGCCUGAGUGACAUAACAGUGAGUUCCGUGCACACCAGUGACCUGUCAUCGUUUGAAGAGGAGAGCGAAGACGAGGAACCCUUGUCUGAUUCCUCUGAGGAGGGCGAGCGUGCAUCUGAUGGCGUGAUUUCAGACAAGAAAGAAGCAAGCGAGGAUACAGGAGAAGGCAGAGAAAGUAAACCUCGCCGCAAGGCAUACGUACAUAAGCCCUUCCUCUACUCCCGUUACUAUAGUGACUCGGAUGAUGAGGUCACUGUGGAGGAACGGCGGCGAUCUGCAGCCAAAGACAAAGAGGAACGUCUGCUGAAAAGACAACAGAACCGAGAGCGAUUGGAAGAGAAGCGCAAGCAGAAAGCAGCACAGACAGAAGAACAAGAUCAACAAAAACAGAAGAGCAAUCAGUCUGCUGUAAGUGAAACGCCUCGAGCUAAAGAAGCUCGCAAAGAGCGGAAAGUGCUGGAGAAAAAAAUGGCUCUCAACAGAAAGAGGAAGCUAGAUUCAAGGAAUGAAGGAGAUGUGACCAGCAAGAAAAAAGGAGACGCAGGAGAAACAUCUAAAAAGCCAGAAGUAAAAUCCCCACCAUCGCGCAGCCUACAACAGAAGCCGGCGAUCUUGGCAUCUGACGAGAGGCACAGAAGAACAAGUGGUAGCGGUGGCGCCUCGGAAGAUUCUGGCGAAGUCAAGAAGCUCCCUGACAAAAACCGCACACAUUCCUUCAUCUUGGAUCUGGAGCUGGGCUCGCAGGAGGCUCUCAGGCAGCGCUCCAUCGGGAAGUUUGACCGUCCGUCCCGCAAGGAGCGCAAAGAGAGAGACCGCAGCGUGUCCGAGGAGCUCCCCAAGCUCAAACAGAAGCAGGAGAAGAAAUCCGAACUCCAAGUGAACGAAUCCCAGCAAAAAGACGGCGCUUCUGCCAAGGUGUCCUCCGAUGAAAGAAGCGAAAAGAAGCCAAAAGGAAAAAAUGAGAGGAGAAUGUCCAGUACGAAGGAGCAGAAGACGUCUGUGCCCGAGGUUGAUGAGGCUUCAACCAAGAGGAUUCGGGCCCAGUCUGUUGAAAAAGACAAGAAGGAAAAGGAUAAAGACAAGAUCAAAGAGAAAGAAAAGUUCAAAGGGGAUAAAACCACAAAAAGUGAUUCAAAGCAACUGCUACGGGGAGAUUCUUCUGGUGGCUUAGAGGAGCGACUUGAAGUGACACCAUCAGCGGACGUAAGCAAGAAGAAGGAAAAACACUCCAAAGACACCCUGAAAAGGUCCAAGAGCCACAGUGAAGACCGGCAAGGCGACAAACUCAAAUUAAAGACGGAAAACAAAGAGAAGACGAAAACUGAGCAAUCGAACAAGACUACCGGCGACAGCGACAAAUCUCCCAAAAGAGUCAAGCCGGCAGACAAAGGAAAAACCGCUGAAAAAUCUAAAUCCAGGGAGGAGCCAAAGACAUCAAAGAUAGACAGGAAAAUUCAUGGUUCGGACAUUCGCGGGAAGGAUAAGAAGAAGGAAGUAACUGUGAAAGAGCAGAGGAGAAGCUCUGAUGAAAACUUGAAGAAAAAAAUGGACAAGAAGGAGAAAGACAAGAAGGAGGAGAGCCACGAGGACAAAAAAACACCUAAAGUUGAGAAGCCUGACUUUGCUCUUCCCAUUGAAGCUGAAGCAACACACUCUGAACCGCUUGCUGCUUCCUCCUCCGGUGACACCCACGAACCUUCAAGCGACAUGUCUUCCAAAGGCGAGACGCAAGCACUGGAAAUGCCCGUUGUGCCUCCGGAGGCCGACGCUCUACUGACGCUCAUGGAUGUCUGCACCUCGGCCAUGGAUGCCAGGUUGCAUGUGGCCGGCGAAAGAGAGCGCACCCCCCUGCAUGUUACGCUUCAGGACGCUGACAUGAAGAUGAAAGAGGCCGCUCUCACACUGCUCUCUAUGGAUCCUGACAGCGCUUUGUCCCCUAGCUUCAUAAGUCACGGAAUGAAGGAGGAAUCGGAGGAGGCACCACCCGAGGAGAACCAGCAAAAACCGAAAACUGCUCCCCUGACAUCUGAAUUGUCAGCCUUUGCAUCCCAAGCUAUGACGAUUGAUGACGACAAGUUGAACAAUGAAGAUAAGGCUGGAAUGGAUGUGACAAGUGGUCAAACGCCAGUGGUACCUGCUGUUCUGGAAGAUGACACAAAGUCACAAGAAAGUCCUUCUAAUGAGAAAGAGGCAAAAACCGGGGAAGAAAUAGCUGCAAACUCACAGCCAGCUGAAGACCAGGCAGCACCUGCUGAUGAACAUGGAAAAGUGGAGGAAAACACUGCUGUAAUCCCUUGCGAGACACCUAAUCUUGAGCAUGUUUCCACCCCACAAGAGCAAACCGAACAGGAUGAUGAGACAAAGACUGGUGCUAAAACAGAAGAGGCAUUGGCCAAGAAGCAAGCGGAAGUCAGUAAUGAUCUAGAAAUGAAAAAACAGGAUGAGGAACGUGAUGCACAAAUUGGGGAUCACAGCGCUCCAGUCACAGAAGGAACAAGUGAAACAGAAGUCGCCAAACAAGAAAGUGAGAGCUCAGACAUCCAUGACCAAGAGAAUGAGUCUGAAGUGUCUGAGAAGCAGGAAAGAGGACGAGGCCGCCGUAAACGAAAACUAUCCAGUCAGAAUGCUGCAGUAGUGAAUGAAUGCGUUGAAGACCAGGAUGCAAAGGAACCCUUAAUUGAGGAAACUGAGCAGCCAAAGGUCAUGGAAGUGAAAAUGCCACGCAGGGGACGAUCGUCCAAAGCCUUAGAAGAGGUGGAGGACCCGGCCACACAAUUGGGGAAAAAGGAGCAGACGCCGAGUCGCAGACGGAGACAUUCAUCAUCCAAAGGAAACUCUGCUGAUGAACCAGCAGUGAAGAAGAGGAGAUCCUCAAAGACUGAAGAAGAUCAAGAGGGAGACCAAAUGAUCAAGGAGGCCAUGGCGAUGGACACAAGUAAGGAGGCAAGUGUGGAAACAAGCAAGGAUGCUGCAAAGGAGACAAGUGAAGAGACUGAAAUGACUACAAUUGAGGAGACUAUCAAGGACACCCGAGAGGAAGCUCAAGAGGACACAUGCACAAGAGAGGUGGCCAUACAAUUGAAAAAUGAGAAACCUACUGAGGAAAAAAGUAAGGAAGAGCCUUCCAAGGACACUCAGGGGGAGGAUGUAGAGGACUCAAAGAAAGAGCUGACCAAAGAAACAAAUGAGGAGGCCACAGAUGUUGUUCGUGAAGCGAUCAUAAAGGAAAAGUGUGAAAUGGUGACUACGGAAACAAAUGAAGAAAGCUUAAAAGAUUCAAAUGAGGUGCCUGUAAUGGACACUAAUGAAGAAGCCACCGAAGAAGAGGCAUCAAAGGAUGCAUACGAAGAGCCCAUGAUGGACACAAGUGAGGAGGCACUGAAGAUGCAAGGAGAGGGCCAGCAGACGCAUCAAAACAUUGCUUCUCCAUCAGCGAGCCCUUCCAAAGACAACGAGGAUAGCGGCAGUGAGAGGAAAACUGAACGUGUUGACGAGCAGCAAAGUUCCACUCCCAAGAAGCCCGCUAGGAGGGGAAGACCGCCUAAGACUACAACGCCCUCUGACGGCUCAGAGAAAAAAGACAAAACGGAAGCGGAGCAAAAUGAUGAGGAUGACGACAGCGGAGAGAAAGAGGAUGACGGCAAAGAAGCUAUGGGCAGAGCGACAACGCGCUUGGCGUCUCGCCUGGAAGCCGAAAGAAAUAAGCCAAGCAAACCAUCCACGCGGGCAAGCCGACAGAGCGGCAAGGACGAGACUGCUACUGCCGCACGUGGGAUGAAGGGCCAGGUAACUGCCACCAAGGGGGGCCGAAAACUGGAGGCCAGUCCUCCUGCCGUGCGAACGCGAGGCGGACAGAAGACAGAGGAGCCCCCGGCCAAGCGAGCCAAACGCUGACAUCUCACUUGCUAUUGGACCAAAACAUGCACAUUUGAGGAGAUUCACUGUGUUUAACAAUCACUUGUGGUUCUGAUCACACGCCACCAUUCCAUUUUGUUUUCGUGGGCAGGGGCCACGCAAAAACUUGACAGUAUUUUAGCUUUGUUUUUGUAGUUAAUUAUUCAUUCUGUGAAUGACAAAAUGUCUUUUAGGCUUACACUCUUGUAUUUUUUUAUAUGUACUGUCUCGUAUUUCUUUAUGAUAAACGCAAAUGAAAAUUUCUAUGUCAGCUUCUUUGUUUUUGCACUCUUUAUGGAGCUCUCACCGGCUGCCAUCGCCGGCACUAGACGUCUAAUCCAUUUUGACUGUGAUUUAAAAUGGAUUGGAUAGAAUGGCACUAAAACAUGCGUAUUCACUGCUAGUCCUUCCAGUUCUAAUGUAAUUUAUGUCGAUUGUUGUCAGCAGGCAAUGAGUUGAAUACGUAAUUUUCACACUAUAAGGCGCACCUGACUAUAAGCUGCCACCCACCAAAUUUGACACGAAAACUCCAUUCAUUCAUAGAUAAGCCGCACUGGACUAUAAGGUGCAGCUGUCCUCAUUGUAUUACGGGAUAUUUACACCAAAAGACAUCAAUCGGUAACACUUUAUUUGACAGCGGCAUCAUAAAACCAAAUGAACCACCAUCACUGCUUCUAGAACAGUGGUUUUUAACCUUGCUAAAGGUGCCAAACCCCAGUAGUUUCACAUAUGGAUACACCGAAUCCUUCGGAAUUGGAUAAUAAAGCAUUUUUUUUCUCAACUUCAAAACCGACAUAUCGAAGUUAGUAAGCCAAUAAUUUAGCAAAUUCCCGUUUAAAAUUUUUCUCAUUUUGAAAGCAUGUUGUAUAAAUGGGUCAAAAUUUGAGACCACGCUGCCCAUUAGUCUGAUCUUUUCCCUCUUACCAAGUGCGAGUCAACCUUCCACUGAGCAAACCAGUUCCUUUUCCCGUCAAAUCGAGGACUAGCAGUUAAAAGAAAUGUAAAUUGGGAGCAAACCGCUCCAAAAUCUGGUCAAAAAAGCCACUUUGCCUAGAUUUAAUCAGCGUACGAACGUAGGGCUCUGCGUUUCUUUACCUUCGCCGAACCCCCUAGACUUAUUCACCGAACCCCUGGGGUUCAAUCGAGCCCAGGUUAAGAACCACUGUUCUAGAAGCUUCAUUUGGCCAUCACUGUUCUCUUGGAGGAGGCAGUCAACCUCUGCUGCCACCUGCUGUCAACACUUGUCGUCCAACAUGCCUCUUAGCAUGCAUUGCAGCGCUACAGAUGUACUGUAAAUAACAAAUCAAAAUUCAUGUUCUAUGCUAAUUAUUUCUUCAGUUACUGUUCUAGUUGUUUCAUUAAUUUCUAGUUAUGAAAUUUGGUAACACUGUAUUUUACAAUG